GGGAAGAAUAAUAUAAUAACAGGAUAGCACAGCGCACGAGUGCUGGUUAAACGGGCGAUAUCGCUGCUUUACUGCGCAGUCACCAACGACAACGACGGCAGCCACAAUCAGCACAUCGGUACUGCGUUCAAUUCAUUAUCCUCACAUCAUCCUAACUCCUUUCUCCUACUUGGGGUACUGCGCUAGACGCCGAAACAACUGCUGAAAAGGGAUAAGAACGCAGUAGUCAUGUCAGGAACCGACGGCAAGGAGGAUAAGUACGAACAACUGCUCGCCAAAAUCGACUGGCAUGCACCGCACCCACCGAAGGGGUACCAAUUCGGCGCUGGCCGCGGCGCAAAAGGCUUCGUCACGACUGCGGAGCUGACGACGGCGGGCACGACAGGCGCAAAGAUGACUCGGGAAGAGAACGAUUUCUUUUCUGCGAUGGAGCGGAUGGAGGAGCGGAAGAAAGUCCCCAAAAAGACGAAGGGAGAGGAUGAUGACGAGGAUAAAGACGGCGAGAAGAAGAAGGGGCUUCACACCACAUCCACGGCUGGUUCUGCAGCGGGUGCUGCGGUGCGGGUGAAGUUGUCGCUGGAUGAUCUGGCCGCAUUGGAGAUGCCGUUUGCAAGUUCUUCCGCGCAGACGGCUGUGUCCUCGCGUGGGUCAGCAGCGGCUCCUGACCCGACCACCACCGGUGCGGAAUCUGAUGUGGCUGCUCCUGCGCCGACGAUGGCAGCUCCCUCAGCUUCCUCGUUGGUGGUGCGCAGUGCCCGCACAGAGGAAGGCGACGCCGCAGAGGAGCACAUCUUUGCCGAUGAGCGCGUGCUGACGCCGUACGACGUUCUGAAGGGCAAGGCAUCCGCCGUGCAGGCGGGGCUGCAUAACGUGCUGACAAUGGGCUCGACAGAGGAGCAGACUACCUGGAUUACGCACGCCCGCGCGUACCGCGAGAUGGGCAUGACCCGCCGCGCCUAUCAGACCCUCGUGGAGGGCUGUGCCGUCACGGGAACGAAGGGCAAGCGAAUUUGGGCGGAGCGGCUGCGUUAUUUGUCCCGCGACAACGUAGCAGGCCGUCGCCGUCUGCUCGACGAAGCGACCAGCGCCUGCCCAAGUGAGGAAGAGUUGUGGACGCAGCUGCUGGACGUUGUACCACCGCUGGAGCGUGUGCCCUGCCUUCAGCGUGCGGUUCUCGCCUGCCCUUCCAGUGAGCAUUUGUGGCUGCGGUUGGUGCAGUUCGUGCCGUCGGUGCAGGACCAGCGCGUGCUGCUGCAGAAGGCUCUUCAGCACACCCCGCACCUGCCUCUUCUGUGGGCCCGGUUGGCGCGGCUGGAAAGCUACAAAACCGGAAAGGAGAUGUUCCAAGCUGCAGCGGCGCGCUUCCCCUCACUGGCGCUCAUUAUUGAGGCGGCCAAGUACGUGGAGUGGUACGCGCUGUCGCGCUGGGCAACGACGCCACACCCGGAAACACAGGCAUUCGAAGAAGAGCAACUGCCCCAAUCAGUCGCGGUGGAAAAUGGAGGUGGUGACGCACCGAGCCUUUCGGAGCGUGAAGAAGAAGCGGCGCAGGUCUAUCGUGUGUUGCGCUCUGCAGACAGCGAAGUGGGCAACUUAGUGCGCACGGCUCAACAGAAUUACUUGAACCUCGGUGAGGCGGGCUCUCGACACGCGUGGCUCUCGAUGGCACUCUCGUUGCUCCGUUCAGAGAGCAAAGGGUCAGCGUAUCCUGAAGCUGAGACGAAGGAGGAGGGCAACGACGUGGCAGGAAGGCCUACCGCCACCACCACCAAAACUGGCUCGUACGUCUGCACUGCCGCACAGAUGUUUCUCAGUGUGGUAGAUCCAAAUCACAAAGGUUUGAGCGCCAACGCCGUCCCCACAACGUGGCUGAGCGACUUGACUGCUCUGUUCCCGGCCGAGGCGGUGGCCCAGCACGAGGUGCAGUGCGCACUGUGGUAUACGUGGGUGUUGCUCCAGCGGCAAUACUUGGAUGAUGUCGUCAAGAAGGGCAGCGCAAGCGGCAAUGCGAGCGCUGCGCUUUGUUCCACUCUUCUGUUUCCAUCAGCGACUGCCGUGUCGAAGACAAACGCAAAAGAAUCGUUUGCUGUGCUGGAAGCGGCCUUUCUUUCCGCUCCCCCCACGGCGGUGCUGACGGAGCUUCCGUUGCUGCUGCGCCGUGUCUCCUGCGACUUCACGGCGGAGGAGGAAAACACCUUCAACGCAGCACGCUACGGGCCUGCCAAUGCAAUCCCAAAGACGGAAGAAGAGGAGGUGGAGGAGCUGCGGAGGCCUGCAACGUCGGCGGUUGCGGGGCCGGUGCCUUCUGCGUCUCUUUCCCCUUCAGUGCGGGCGCAGCACCUCCCCCCUUCGCUGAUCGUUACGGUCGCCGCCACGCUGGGCCUUUCGGCACGCGCUACCGCAAUUGUUGCUGCAUCGACAACUUCAUCACCGGCUGCCGCCCUCCCGCAAAGCCUCAGCCCUUUCUUGGAAACUGUGCUUGUCGAGGUACCCUUGACACUCUCCGAGGCGCUGUACCGCCGUGGCUGCUAUGCCACUGCCUUGGCGGUGGUGGAUCUCAUGCUGCGGUCUGGCUCCUCCAGGCCCGCCUCGGAUGGAGUGCUGGAGGAUGCAGCAGUUUUGUCAACGCCCCACACGGGGUCGACAACACCCGCAGAUGAACCACCGUAUCUUUUAUUAAGCGACCUGCGUCUGCACAUUGCGCGGGCGAAGCUCUUAGCAGCUGUGGACGACAGCGCCGCAGCCGAUCGUUGUUUGCUGGAGGCGAUCAACACGGCCGCUUCCCACCGCAACCGCCACAGCAGCAACUAUCAUCUCUUGCAGGAGGAGACGUGGGUGAAGCUCGCGGUGCUGCGUCGCAGCCAGGGGCAACCAAUCCAAAGCAUCUUGCAAGACGCCCUGCAGCAGUGUCCGAAGUCGUGGAAGCUGUGGCUCAUGCUCCUGGAAGAGAAGCGGCGCGACAUCGACGCUCAUCAGCGGCGGCUGCGGGCUUCGCUGUCAGCGACAAAACACUCAGGCGGUGCAACCGCACCUCGUCUGACCACCGCCGAUAUGCUUCGCAUGGACGAUACCUUCACAAGCGAGGUGCGUGAAAUCAGUGUCCUGUGCAAGAAGGCAGUGAGCGCCGAUCACUGUCGCACCGUGGCGGCCGUAUGGAUCUUCGCAGCGCAGCGCGUCGAGGCGGAGUUCUUGCAGAACGUCCCCGCGGCCCGCGCUUUGCUGAGCGAUGCGGCAUCAGCCUGUGCGGCUAGCGUGUACAGCACUCGUUCGCAGCUCCUCGCGCGGGCCCUGUCUCCGCAAGAGCUGGAGAAGCAGGCAUCUGCCUUGGCGCAGAUCGGCGUAGCGCAGGCGAAGCUGGAGGCGCAGUACGGUACGCCAGGGCAGGCGCUGGAGACGGUGCAGGAGGUGCUGCAAAAGCUACCCAAGACGCGGGACGGUACGAUUGCGAUGACGCAGGACGACGCGGUGGGGGAGUUGCUCAGUCUUUUUAUUUCCCUUGAGCCGCCGGCGUCGCGCGGCCGGGCGGCGGCGCAGGUGAUGCGGCAGUGGAAGUCGCGCGAGCCGCUGGCGCUGUGCGCUGUGGCGCAGCUGUACUUCACUGCCGGUCAGUACGCCCGUGCGCUGGACCAGGCCUUGAAGGCGGUGCAGGCGAGCAAAGGCCGCUGCGGGGAUGCGGUGGGGCUGCUGUGGCGCAUGGCGGACCAGCCAGCGAUGCAGCCCUUUGUGCGACGGCAGCUGUACGGCAGCGAAGGGGACGACGACGCAGAAGAGGAUGGCGGCACGAAAGAGAAGACCGCCCUGACGGAGGAUGCGCGUCGUGGGGACGUGGGAGCAGAGGCGGUGCAGCAGUGGGUGUUGUCGGUCAUGGUGUCCAGCGCUGCAGCCGGGGGGGUCUCUGAGGAGAAACGUGCGUGGUCUCCAUCGGCAACCUCUGCCGCGGUCGCAUCGGGGGCGCUGCUCGUGGUGCCGAAGAGCGGCCCUUUGUGGCUGGCGGUCGCGAAGAUAGAGGAUCCGACAAACGUGACCAUUCGUGGUUAUCGCCGCCCCGUGGUCGAGAUGCUGCGUGAGGUGGCAAAUCGGAUCGACUUAAAGGGACACGAGUCUGGCGUAGCGGCACCGCUGCGUACUCAGCGUGAGGGCUAG